AUGGCGUCGGGAUCAAUCAACACUCCCACGAUUGGGACUUUCCAUCAGCUACUCACAAAGCUGACUGAUCCCGAUCCCGACUUCCGCUACAUGUCCCUCGACGAUCUUCUCAAAAUCCUCAACGGAACCAUCAAGACAGAUAUCCUUCAAACCAAUUACAGCACCUCUGCGCAGGUUGUCGAUGCUGUGAUCAAGGUCCUCGACGAUCAAAAUGGCGAAGUUCAGAACAUGGCGCUCCGAUGCAUCGGUCCCCUCAUAGGCAGUGUUCCUCUCUCUGUUGUGCCGACCGCCCUCGAGACACUGUCUGGCCUCAAGAUCAAGAACUCGGUCGAUAACUCUCUCCCGUACCUGGCCUUGCGAAAUGCCAUUGCUGCUCUUCCAAAGCCUGUUCGAGGCGUCGCUCCAAGCAGGGAAGUUAUCGAGGCCAGCAACAUUGUCAGCCGCGUUCUCAUUCCCAGAAUACUUGGCUACUCCGUCUCUGGCAGGCAUCAAUCAGAUUCUCGAGGCCUGCUAGACGAAAAGAAUGAGCUUACCUCUGAAGCUGUCGACGUCCUCAUCGAGGUUGUUUUAAGCUACGGAUCCCUUCUCCAACCACUCGAAAUUGAAAAACUCCAGGAUGUAGUUGUACAGGUCCUACAACGGCCUUCAGCCUCGGGUCCCGUCAAAAAGAGAGCUGUUGUUGCUCUCGCCAUCCUGGGACCAUACCUCUCGGAUGAUGUCCUGACCGCCCUGCUUUCCAAAGUCACCAAUGCGCUUGGCCAAAAAAGUCUCAGCCCGGUCAUGCGCAAGCUCUACAUUACGAUAUUGGGCUCAAUGGCCCGUUCCAUUCCGUUUCAGCUUGGCGAACACCUUCCCACCUUUUUACCAUACAUUCUUACAGCUCUGGGCAAGGAUGAGUUGCAAGUACAGCUUGACGCCAUUAGUGAAGGUCAUGAUCAAGGCACGGCCGAGUUCAACGAGGUUCGUGAGGCUGCCCUCAUUACACUAGAGGCUCUCCUUGCCAGUUGCGGUACUCAGAUGCGGCCAUUUACUGGCGAGGUCAUUUCAGCAUGCCUCCGCUAUCUCAAAUACGACCCCAACUACGCCAUGGAUGAUGAGGAUGAAGAAAUGGAGGAUGAAGAUGAGGAUGGUGAUGAUGAAGAGGACGAGGACGAUUACGAGGACGAUGCUGACUUUGACGAUGACGAUGAUGCUAGCUGGAAAGUCCGCCGAACUGCUGCCAAGACCCUUUACACUCUCAUAUCGACCCGCAGCAGCGACCUACUCGAACAGGGCACUCUGUACUCUAAUGUUGCGCCACAGCUCAUCAAGCGCUUCGACGAACGCGAGGAAAGUGUCCGUCUCGAGGUCAUUGCCACAAUGGCAUUACUCAUUCGCAAGACUGGUGAAGGUGUGAUUCGCUCCAUUUCGUCAGAGGAGCGCGCCGAACUUCUCCAGUCCCUUCCAGAAUCUCGCAAGAGACGUCGCCAGGACAGCGGCGGUUUUGCCAUUACAAACAAAGCUCCAUACCUGGGCCCUACUGGCCUCACCUCGCCCACACGGGAAGAGAUCCCUCCGACUGGGCCUCGGGCAGAUCUCUCGCAGCUGACUCCGCAAAUGGUCAAGAUCUCUGCAAAACUGAUCAAGGGCAAGCAGAUUCCUACCAAGCAAGCUAUCAUAGGCCUCUUGGACGAUCUCAUCUCUCUUCAAAAUGGUGGACUGUCCGACUAUUUUGACCAAGUCAUGCAGCCCAUCAUUGACACCAUCAACAGCUCAGCCGGAGUCGUUGGCUCGGGCUCUUCGACAUUGUCUGGCGGCAACUCGUCUGCCACUGCAACGACCCUCCGCGUUGCCGUCUUGAAGCUCAUUAGCGACAUCUCUAGAACCCAUUCUUCCAGCCUCUUCCAGCCAUAUCUUUCCAAGAUGACCUUGAGCAUUGUUGCCGCGGUGCAGGAUCGCUUCUACAAGAUUUCUAGCGAGGCCAUCAAUACUGCUGAGGAAUUGGUCAAGGCCAUUACACCUCCACGUGCUCUGCGCACAUCCCAAAAGUACAAGCCCGAGCUCGUGCAGCUGUACGAUAUUAUCGUUGAUAGAGCGGCUUCCAACGACGCCGAUAUCGAGGUGCGCCAAAAGGCUAUUCAGGCCCUUGGUACUCUGCUUUCGCGCACAUCCGUUAGCGAGGGGGCCUUGCUGCUCCCAGCGGAGAAGCGACAAGCUGGUCUUAACCUGCUUCUGGACCGUCUUCGCAACGAGACGACUCGUCUGUACGCCGUACGAGCCAUUGACAAUGUCGCUGCCCAUAGCAGCGCAGCCGGAAGUCUUGAAUCUGGUUGGCUGCAGCCAGUCGCGCUGGAGCUCUGUGGCCAACUGCGCAAGACGAACCGCGCACUCCGCGGUGCCAGUGUUCAGGCUCUUCAACACCUCAUCAUGUCGCCAGCCUCAAAGGGCAAUCUUGAGCCUGACACAACUCAGGGCAUUGUGACUGCCAUCUCGCCCGUCAUUGCCGUCAAUGACAACCAUCUCUUGAGCCCUGCCCUCAUCGUCCUAGCCCACCUUGUCGAGACCAACCCGGAUCUCAUCUCCUCCACGGAUUUGAUUGACAAUAUCUGUAGUCUUCUCAAGACUGCCGUCAGCGAGUCGACUCUGAAUGCCCUGCUGGCCUUGGCCACCAGCGUGGGUCGCGGUGGACAGGGACAAGUUCUGAUGCAAGGAGUCCUGGCGGUCGGUGUCGGAGGCGAUAGCAGAGCCGUUGGAAAGGUUGCCGGCACCCUGUUUGUGGCCAGUGACGGCAAGGCUGGAAUCACAAUUGACAGCUUCAUCCAGGAGCUUAAUGCAGCUAGUAGAAAGAACCCGCCAGAUGAUCUCCGACAGUGUCUGGCAUUGUAUAUUCUGGCCGAGAUUGGCCUUUGCCUUGGCAGCAAGUCUCCGAUCAGCCCCGAUGUCUUCCUGAGCCAGUUCCGUGAGGAACCCGAUCGAGUCUCUCUCGCCGCAGCAACCUCCCUUGGUAGAGCCGGAGCUGGCGACGUGGCCAAAUUCCUGCCCAUUAUUCUUAGCAAGGCCAAGCAGCCAGGCGGUCAGCAGUAUCUCCUCUUGCAAUCGAUUCGUCAAAUUCUUAGCCAAGUCGUGGACUCUGGCAUCGAUAUUAGCCCGUACGAAGUCCAGAUCUGGGAUCUACUCUUUUCAGCGUCGCAGCAUGAGGACAACAAGGCCACCUGCGCCGAGGCCAUUGGUAGCAUGGCCAUCAUUUCGCCAAAGACUUAUAUUCCAAAACUUCAGCAAUUAUUGCAGUCCCCUGAACCACAGUACCGGGCCGUUGCCAUCCAGGCUAUCCGUUACACCCUGCCCGAGAGCGAGGAGGCCUUUGACUCCAUGCUCAAGACUGUACUCGUUGACAUGCUCCUCACUGUUCUUCAAGACAAGGACAUGGAAAUUCGACGCCUGGCCAUGACAACUCUCAAUUCCGCUGCUCACAACAAGCCAGACCUAAUCCUGCCGCAUCUUGGCAGUCUCAUGCCAUUCGUCAUGGGCGAAUCUGUCAUUAAACCAGAGCUUAUUCGCGAGGUUCAAAUGGGGCCAUUCAAGCACCAGGUGGACGACGGACUGGAAGUCCGCAAGAGUGCCUAUGAGACCUUGUAUGCUCUCAUGGAGACUGCAUUCUCCAGAAUUAGCUCUCUUGAGUUCUAUGAUCGUGUUGUCGCAGGACUCAAGGACGAAAAUGAUAUCCGUGCCCUUUGCAAUUUGAUGCUGAGCAAGCUCAUUGUCAUUGACCCCGAUGAGACGACAAGACGACUAGACACCAUUGCCGAAUGCUAUCGCAAGGUCCUUAGCACCAAGCUCAAGGAAGGAUCCGUCAAGCAAGAAGUUGAGCGACAGGAUGAGACCAACAAGUCCGUUCUCAGAGUCACGAUUCUGCUGGCAGACAAGACAAAGACUACACUUCCCAGUACCAGCACUGGAGGUGGUGCACAAAGCCAGCAGCAAUCGCAACAGCAAGUCUCGAAUCCUGUAUGGCAACAGUACUGGGAAUGGGUCAACAGAGACUUUGAGCGCCCCAUCAAGUCACUGCGUGAAGAAAGCAAGGAGACGGUCUAG